GUUCAUGUUGUAAUGUUAUUGAUUAGGGUCAGGGUGUCCGGGUUCAUGUUCUAAUGUUAUUGAUUAGGGUCAGGGUAUCCAGAUCCAUACACUAGCAUUACUGAUUUAGAGUUACGGGAAGUUUUAUUAAAUCCUACUAAGAAUUAGAAUUUAAAAAGCUAAAGUACUGAAUUGUCCCCUUUUAUAAUGGAAGAUCAUUUCUAGUUUGUCACAUUUAUAUGUAGGACUCUGAUCUGAACAGUUUUUGCCCCGGGAUACUUUCCAGCCGUAACAAUGAGGCUAACGUUACACAAGAAGAAGAUCGCCACCCUGGUGUUCGUCCUUGGUAUGGCACUUUGUGUCUGGCUGCUUUUCUUUCACACAAACGAUGAUUCAGACGCAGUGUUAAAGCUUCCCUACUCAACCUCAUGGCAAAACACGUAUGGACUGCCUGAUGGUUCCCCUGAGGUGAUGAGACUGGCUUCGUACCGGAUGAACCUGCGCCAACUAGUGUUAAAUAAAGAACAUUUUCGUGGCCAAUCACACCUUGUAGUUGUGGUGCAAGUGCGAGGAGGUCCAGGCAGUGGCUCACGCCUUCGGCUUUUAGCAGAGUCCUUGCGGGCUGCUGGACCUGGGGCCACCAGCCGCCUUUUACUAGUGUUGAGCAUUGAGAAGCCUUGUGUAGAGGUAUAUGAAGCCAUCACUUCCAUAGACUUCUGUCGGGUAAUUCCCAUAUUCUACCCAUACAGCCUGAGCUUUUAUCCUAAUGAAUUUCCUGGAGCGGACCCCGCAGACUGUUUCCGAGAUCUACCCAAGGAAUCCGCCAAAUUGAAAGGUUGCAAUAAUGCAGAGUUUCCUGACAGCUACGGACAUUACAGGGAAGCGGCAUUUACUGUGGACAAGCACCACUGGUUGUGGAAACUUCACUAUACAUGGGAGAAAUUGCAAGAAGUGAGCGGAUAUAGCGGAUACGCACUUUUCUUAGAUGAAGGUACCUACCUGCUUCCAGACUGGCUGCAUAUGUUGCGUCUAAUGCAGAAGCAGUGCCAGGAGGAAGGAUGCCAUUUACUAAGUCUUGGGGGCACCACCAACUCUGAAUUAUCACCAAACCCGCCAGACGUGGAAGUGAGUACCUGGGUGGCACCGAAACAUCGAUCAGCGAUUGCAAUGUCACGGGAGCUGUACUAUAAACUGAUGGGCUGCCUGGCAGAGUUCUGCACCUAUGAUGAUUACAAUUGGGAUUGGAGUUUACAGCACGUGUCUGCGUCGUGUCUUGCCCACCCUCUAAGGGUUUUAUCUACUCUGUUGCCUAGAGUACUCACCCUUCCUGCUAAGGAGGAAGAUGGUGUAUGUGGGCGCACUGGACCCUGCGAGAGCUCUGAGGGUGCCUCCGAACUUCUGAGAGUGCGAGUAAGGGAGCUGAGUGGUCGGCUAUUCCCAAAAACGCUGGCUGUAACCUCUCGGCAGCAAGACGUGCGCAAUCCACCCCAAAGAAAUAAUGGUGGCUGGGGUGAUAUCAGAGAUCACGUGCUAUGCCAGUCACAUGCCAGGCUGUAACGUGCCAACCUUUCAUCGUGUGAUGGACAUCAUUUUCAGUGCCUCUUUGCACUCAGGAAAGUGCUAAAUAAAUCAAGACCAAAGUUCAAAAGCUUUCUCAGGAAUUGUAGGAAAAGUUAUUACUAGUUCUGGAAAAUAUGUAACUUUUACCUGAUAUGCUGCUUUUUAUUUUAUUUUUCACAUUUGUCUUGUGGUGGUUGUAAAUCACAUUUGCUUUGUCUCAGAUUUUUACAAUUUUUCUUGUGUUUUGGAUUAUUUAGUAAACAGAAUAGCAGAGAAUUCACAGGGGAAUUUCUAUAGCCUUAAAUGUUUUUUUUUUUUUUUUUUUUUUUUUUAAGUCGGUGUUUCCCUUGUUAGUUUUCCUCAAUUCCAGGUUUACUGAAUACAUGUUUUGUUGUGGGGGUUGACAUUGUAUUUGAAUUAUAAAUUAUCAUGUUUUGCAUACAGAAAAAGCACAGGAAACCAAGACCAAAUAUUUUUUCUACACCGGUUUUGUGCCUUGUAACUCACAGUAUAUGUUUAAUGUGAUCAGGAGCUGUAAUUUUUAUAUAAUUAAUAUAUUUUAUAUGUAAUCUGUGCUCUUAAUGUAAAAUUAGCUUGACAAUGCUGCAGUAUAUAUUGGUGCCAUAUAAGUAAUUGUAAUGUCGGCUUUUCCUAAUCCUCUCUCUGGUCAAUAAUUGCCAAAUUUGUGCAUUUUUUGUUUGUUUUCUCUGCCAAGCGCAUAUUGGAUUUUAAGGGGUUUAUUUGAUUAAUAGUGAAAAAACUGAGUUUGAUUUGGGCCACAAUAGGUUUCAAAUUCCUCUAUAUUUCAGCUUCACUAUUGUUUUACGGUUUGUACAUUUAUUUUCCCGUUUACCAGAAUUAAACGAACACUGCAGGCACCAUAACUACUUCAAUUUAAUAAAGGGAUUAUGGUACCAGGAGCCUGUGGAGAUAGGGGCAUACCGUCUUUUUCCUAAAAUAAGACUGGUUCUUAUAUUCUCUCCCACUAGGGCUUAUUUUCGGGGGAUGUGUUAUUUCGGGGGGUAAAUGGUAGCAAGCAUGUACUAGAAAGCAGGUCUACGUUUGGGGAAAUUCCCCUGAACAUAGACCAGUUCACUAACGCAUGGAAUCCUGCGAAUAUAUGUUCCUGGGAACUUCCCUGGCAACUAGGGCUUAUUUUCGGGGUAGGGUUUAUAUUACGAGCAUCAUAGCCAGACUGUUUAUUUACAGUUAAGCAAAAACGUUUGGUCCCCGGCAGGCUACAGCCCAGCCACCAAUUAUAAUAUUGAAAGCCAUGCGGCACCGUAAGCCACAUUACUUCUUCCCAGUGAUUGGGGCAGUGAUUAGCUGAGAGUGAUAAUCUGGUAUGGCGUAAAAUGAAGCACAGCUCUGCCUCGGCCAUUUAAUAUUUGGGGCUAGCCCGCAGGCUGCCAUGGCCAGGCAUUUCUGCUAAAUCAGUUAAAGUGGUUAUGGUGCCUACACUGUUGCUAUAAUUGCUUACUGAAUAAAUAUGUUGGCUCCGUUAAAUUCCAUAUCUUUUACAUCUUCGAUUUUAUGUAACAUUUUUUUGUUUUACUUGCUGCUGACCAAACACAAAUGUCCUUCCAUGUCUGACUGUAUUUAUUGGAGUGUCAUUUUGUGUGUUAUCUAUGAAAAUGUGUCGCUCAAAUUAUGCAACAUAUAUAUUUUCAUACGGCCUGUAGUGAAUUGAGACAGGUUAAUAGUAUAAGGAGGCUGAUGUCUGUAAAGAACCACAUGUCUGCAUUAAUUCAUCUUAAAUGCAUGCUUUCUAUAUAUCAUUUAUAUUUCAUGUGUCAUUUACAAAAUAAAAUGUUCUAGAACAGGGAAAUCCACCUGUGCCACUUAACACGCUGUGGACUCUGGAGUGCAUGCAGAGCAUCAUGGGAGAUCCACCCCCCACAUGUGGAAAGCCACAAAUGACCUAUCUGCAGUUUUAGAAUAUUUGUCAGUCCGGACAUAGUAAUUGCCUGAUCCUUCCCAGGGGCUGUGACGCUGCCCAUCAGGAACCGACCGCUCUGCACUAGACCAUUUUAUGUUUAAUGUUAACCCUUUGAGAGCCACAGGUGUUCCCACCACAUUGACUGGCAUUGGGCGCGCAAGUCUGGCCCCUAGAGGGUUACGUUUCCUGUUCCCUUACUAUGCAGUACUCGUGUGAGUGAAUUGUACAGAUCACAGGGUUUAACAGUUUCUUUAUUUUUAUCAACUUUUUGAAUGUUUUUUUUUUUUUUCUACCUUGCUGUUUUUGGUGUCUGUUUUUCCACUAUGGGACGGGUGGAAAGUAUUUAUUUUUUCCAGUUAGAUUUGAACAGCUGUACUGGGGGAUUAGAGGUUACUCUAUAUUCUUAGCCAUUCCCAGGUAGAGAUACUUUCCUUUGAUUUAAGAAUCAUUCUCUGUGAUGGGUUUGUUUGCUCAGUUCAUUACUAGUUUAACACCAGAAGUGUUACCUGUUGGAUAAUCUGCAGGUUAAACGCUUAGUGUUAGAGCUCCAUCAAGCAGCGCAGGUUACACCCCACUGUGAGCGAGGGAUUUAAAGGCUAACAAUACAUGCUGGUGUAUGGACACAAGCUUGACAUUCAGGAAAUGUUUUUUAUUUUCUGUCACCGACCCAUCCUGUUCUGCGGCAUAGCUUUUACUGACAGGUUUACUGCAUCACGGUGAAUCUGUAAUGGUUAGUUUUUAUGAUGGUGUGUGGCUUUUAAUAAAUUGUCAUUUUAUAUGAUAAAUAUAAAUCUAUAAAUUCUCAUUUCCAAAUCCUUGAUACCUU